UGGCUAUAUGCAGGAGGUGGAGAAUGACGGAGAGAAAGCCUCGGAACUUCAAGAAAAAAUCAAGGACUUACUGAAGGGGUUCCAAGACAUUCUUCCCGACGAUCUCCCGGACGAACUAUCGCCAUACCGAACGCACCAACACGAGAUCGUGGAGGAACCAGGUUUGAAACCGACCUUCCGAGCACCAUAUCGGCUAAGCCCCACAGAACUAGCCAACAUGAAGAAGCAGAUCAAGUAUCUCCUCGCCAAAGGACUCAUCCAACCAUCCACUUCGCCAUACGAUGCCCCAGUACUCUUCACACCGAAACCGGACGGAAGCCUGCGGAUGUGCAUCGUCUACCGAGCUCUCAACAAGCAGACCAUCAAGAACAAAUACCCGAUACCACGAAUCGAUGAACUGCUUGACCAGCUUCGGGGAGCCACGGUAUUUUCAAAACUAGAUGUGCGGUCCGGAUACUGGCAUAUAAGAAUGGCGGACGAUUCCGUUCACAAAACUGCUUUCCGAACUCGGUACGGAUCGUACGAGUAUUUGGUCAUGCCGUUCGGAUGCACCAACGCACGUGCAACAUUCUAAGCUGAGAUGAAUCAUAUCCUAUGC